CUCGCCUCGCCCGAUAACCAAGGCGUCACCGCUGCGACAUUUGUGCAGCAUACGCAUCGUCACGCAGCGAAACAGCAGCGCAGCGAUCGCUUCGUGCAGCGCACGAGCGCUUGCCGCAACAGCGACGCACAAACAGCAAAGACCAUGGGCCGCCAGGGCGGCGGCGGCGACAAAAAGGCCCAGCUGUUUGGAGCGAUCCUCAACCAGAAGCUGCCGACGGUGCGCUGGGGUUUGGCCAAUGCCGGAGUGGCCCCCGCGACGAGAGACGACGAGGGCAAGACGACGUUCAUGAUCGCCUGCGCUGCAGGACGGGACAAAUCCCUGGGCGAGAUGAUCCGCUGGUACGAGCGUAGGUUAGCCCAAUUAAGAGAGUGCUUAGAGUUAACGGACGACGACACGGGCGAGACGUGCUUCCACAUGGCCGCGCAGGCGCCGAACGGCCAGAAAUGCGUCUCUCAGCUCCUAGAUGCGUGGUUAAGUGUAGACAAGCAAAGAAAAGAUGCUGGUAUCAAGAAGAAGGACCAUAAGGGAAGAACGGUGUAUGACGUCGCCACGCCAAAGGCCAAAGCGAUCAUCGACGAGUGGAUGGUCGAGCCCGAAACUGAAAGUGAAGAUGAGGAGGAGCUCGUCGAUGGCUUGACGAAGACGCAGCGGUCCAAGCUCAAGAAGCGAGAAUUGGAGGCGAAGGAGCGGGCCGGGAGCGUCAUGCCGCCUCCUCCGCCUUCUCAGGAAGAGGAAGAACAAGGUGUGGAAAGGGGCGAAUUCAAGGAGGGUAGACCUGACGAAACGUGGCCCGAGGUGGGCAAGUGGGCCCAGUCGGUCCGUGACUUGAAACCGAUCUGCGAGUUGACCAUUUCGAGGGAGUCUGAUGAUGACUUACCACUGUUACCUUGUGCCGGGCCAGAUGAACCUCAGACUGUUGUGGAUCCUGCGUUAUAUUGGUGCGACACGGUGAAUCGGUUAUCUCUCAAACUGGGGCCACGAUUAACAUAUCUCUCACCGACUGGCUUGGCCCGCAUGUCGAAUCUAACUCACUUAAUUGUUCCUGGCCACGCGUUGACGGCACUGCCUGAUUCAAUAGGAUCAUUGCCCCUCAAGUCGCUCGACGCUUCUAGAAAUAAGUUGGAAGCGCUUCCAUCAAGUAUGCCUGUCAAAAUCGAGGCCGUCGACGUCUCCGGGAACCAACUUACGUCCAUCCAAUCGUUGGACAAAUGCGUGGACCUCGUAACAUUACAAUUCGACGCGAACCAAGUUACUUCCAUCGAAUUACCGUUUGCAUCGUUCAAACGCUUAGUUACAUUAUCCUGCGGCUCGAACUUGUUGACCGAGCUACCCGACGCCAUCGGCGACGCCGCGAAGCUCGAAGCGUUGACCGUGAACGAGAACAAGGAGUUGACAUCACUACCAGCAACCUUAGCCAAGUGCAAGAAGCUCAAGUCGAUAAAAUGCGACGGCUGUCCCAUCAAGGACAACAAGGUCCUUGGGUAUAUUUCGAAGGGCGAGUACAAACAAUUGGGGAAGUACCUCGAGAAGACGGCGAAGAGCGGUGGGCGGGGCGGCGGGAAGGGUAAGAAGAAGAAAUAG